UUCAACUACAACCUCAAAUUUUCUGAACGAUAAACGUAAACAAUUCUGUUUAUUUGAAAUAUUAUAAGAAGCAAAUGGAUAAACUAGCGAUCGAGGCGUUCCUCUAUUCCGCCGACUUUGGCGAGGACUAUCACUUGCUAGCGAGCAGCAGCAGCAGCGAAUCGGAAGAGGAGUGCUGCUGCUCCGACGACUCGGACAAUGACGUCGAAAAAUUAAAACUGAAAAGACCGCGGGUGGAGGGUUUCGCGGAGAUAAGCGUACCCCUGUUCGACGACAGCGACUUUAAAAACAACUUCCGAGUGAGCAAAGCCACAUGCGACACGGUCACAGAGUUGAUAUACGAUGACUUCUGCAGCGACCAUAAGGGCGGUUGGGAGAAGAUAACCCCGGUGAAAGCCGCUUACGUGCUGUUGUGGUACUUAGGUAACAAGGAGACCUUCAAGCAGAUCUCCGAACGAUUUAAAAUCACUCAGAGUUGCGUCCACAAUAUCGUUAAAGUCGGUUGUCGAACUUUGUCGUCGAAGUUGGCAGAUUUUAUCGAGUGGCCAGAAAAGGAGCGAUAUGAGAAUGAGUCCGAGGUUUUCCAUAAUACGAGCAAGAUUUCGGGGAUAAUCGGGGCUAUCGGGGUGUCGCACAUAAAAAUUCUGAGGCCGAAAGAGGAACCCGAGAAAUAUAAUAACAAGAAGAACUAUCACAGUAUCGCCGUACAAGGCGUUGUAGGGAGUAAACGGAACUUUAUCGACCUAUACAUAAGUGAAGGCUCGCUAGAGGCGUAUCAAAUUUUGGAGAGAUCCUCCAUACCCUCAAAAGGCGACGAAGUUAUGGACGGUUAUUUCUUAGUAGGGGGCACCUCCUACCCCACUUACCAGUGGCUGGUAACCCCGUUCUCAACCUCGGACCAGCUGAACCCCGAGCACGAGGAAUUCAACCGGUACCUGGGCCGGGCCUGCCGCUUGGUCCGCGACGCCUUCGGCAAGCUCAAGGAGAGGUUCCAGCGUCUCAACCACUUCGAGAACAAAGAGAUACCGUUCAUAGUCAAGUGCAUCGAGGCCGCUUGCGUCAUCCACAACAUCUGCCUCGGCAAGGACGACGAUUGCGAGUUCUUCGAUCGCGACGAGGGGAUGUUCGACUGCGAGUUCGACUUCGAGGGGGAGUGCGCCGAAAAGAGGGUGGAGGUGUUCGACCAGUUCGUCGGGAACUGUCGCGAGGGCACUUGAUUUCUUUAGCUUGCAAAACGUUCAUCUUGCGUGGGGAUAUUUUUCAUUAAUUUUUACGAAAAUAAUCAGUUAGUGGUGACAAAAGCUUGGAUUAUGACGGUUUGAACUGGGAAACGUAGUUAUUUGUAAGCGCCGUCUAUCAUUUCAGUUACAAACCUUUAAUAACAAUAAUUAUCCAUAGAUGGCGCUGUGUCGAGUGCCAAGUAAACUAUAGAUGACGUUUCAUCCAGGUCUUGCACUGCAAUCAGCCGCCAUUUGGGUUGCUACUCACCAUCAAUAAAUUCAAUUAUAAACCUUGUAAUUGCGAUAAUUACCAAUACGCGGUGUCAUAUCAAGUUCAUGUAUAAAGUCCCUAGGCCAAGCAAGUUCUGCCACCGAUUGUCCAUAUUUUGCUCCGAAAUGGUGGUUUGACAAAUGUGAUUUUGCGUUUGACGUUUUAAGUAUAUUUUGUAGCUUCUAUAAAAAUAUAUGGAGUAUUAUAUUGUAAGGUUGGCAAUAGGAAUUUUGCCCCACAAUGGCGGCUGGUCGCGGUACUUCAUCAAUCUAGUGACUUUACACAUGUGAAGUCCCUAAAUCAACCGGAAACUUUACACAUGCGAAAUCGUGAAGGUAUAUCACAGGAAAGAAAGCGAUUUGUAAUUUUAAAAUGAAUACAAACAAAAUAAAAAUAUUCUUAAAUA